AUGGAUCGUCCGCGGCGCUCCACGCGUCAAUCGACUUCGGCGCUCCAGUCGCCCGCGCCUACGCCUGCGCCGUCCACAUCCGCAGCGGCGGCAUCGUCGGCCAUCGUGCCGCCUGUCGCCAUGGCCAACGGCAACGCAACCCCGUCGCGCUUCGAGGCAGGCUACUCGUCCAACACGACGUUUCAGCAGCCGAUGACGCCGCAGCCUGCGCCUGGAUUCGCGCAUCCGUCGUCACAGAACUUUGCGCAUCAGCGACAGCACAUGCCCAUGGAUGCGCCGGCGCCACACCCGAUCUCGCAACUCAGCUUGCAGUCGCUCCCGAACGUGCAUGUCGUGGGUCGUGGUGCGGCACCCAUCGCACCGGGCACGUCGGUGGCGCCACCGCGUCCGUUUGGCACCGCGGCUUCGGCGCCCACCGUGCCGCAGGCCAUGUACAGCACCUUCCCCUCCCGCAUCAAGGCAGGCACCACCAACCUGCUCCAAUCCAUGCCGCAGUCCGAAUGGUACGAUCCCUCGGGCCGACCGCUCGAUCCGCUCGCCACGCCGACACACGAAUACGCGGGCGGCUCCACACCCUACCGCGCCGCGCGCGCCAGCGGCCGUCGAAGGGCCGCGGCAGGCUUCAUCCGCUACGCCGAGGCGGGCAGCUCGGACGACGACUUUGAGGAGGACGCCACGGGCACCGAAGACGACGCCGCACGCGGCGGCUCCAAGCGUCGGCUCGAGGACGAGGACGACGAGUCGUCGCGCGCCUACCUCGGACUGCCGCCACCGGCGUCGAGAGUGGUGGCGAAACGCAUGUUCCACCGCACCAACCACGUCUACCACAACGACGACGACCUGGCGCGCCAGGCGGGGCGCAACGAGAUCCUCGUGCCCAUCAAGAUCGACCUGGAGGCCGAACAGUACCGCAUCAAGGACUCGUUUACGUGGAACAUGAACGAGCGUCUCAUCUCGCCGCACCACUUUGCGAGGCUGCUGCUCGAGGAUCUGGAUAUCCCCGUCGAGCCGUACGCCACGCAGAUCAUGAACAUGAUCAACCAGCAGAUCGACGACGCGACGGGCGUGGCGGAUAUCGAGAUGGAGCCGGCGGCGGGCGGCGUGUGGGCUUCGGCGCGGUUGCACGAUCAGGAGGGACAGAUGGCGUUACCUGUGGGGGAGCGCGCGCAGUACGAUGCGGCAGAAGAACUGGUCAAGGAGGGUCGACCGUGGGAUUGGGGACUGGAGAGGCGGGAUGAGGAGCAGCGUGCGUGGCGCAAACGCAUGGCGGAGCGGCUGGACGCAGGCCAAGGGCUGGGCGACUUUGAGGAUGAUCUGCGCGUGAUUGUGGAUUACGAGGUGCAGAUCCUGCGGCACAUGCUGCGCGAUCGACUCGAGUGGGAUCUGUGUUCGCCGCUGACGCCCGAGUCGUUUGCACGCAAGCUGUGCGACGAUCUCGGAUUGUCGGGCGAGGCGGCUGCGCUGAUUGCCAACAGCGUGCGCGAGCAGCUCAUCCACCACAAGCGCGCUGCGCUCGAGCUCGGCCUCGUGGGCAGCGGACGCGUGCUCAAGGAAAAGGAGGCCGAGAUCGAGCAGGCGUGGGCCGAGCUGCAUGCCGAGAAGGUGGACAAGCAGCGCAAGAGGCUCGAGCGCGCAACCAGUGCGUCCGAGGCCCAGUCGCAGGUGGCUUCGGCCAAUGCCACGGGUGGCGCUAAUACGCGCGAGCCUUCGGUGCAGCCCAGUACAGACGAGCAGGUCAAAGCUGGCGUUGAAGGGCAGGAGUCGAUUGCAACGCCGCGUGGAUCGGUGGAUGUCGACGCAGCAGGAGAGGGCGAGGCGCGUGCGACUCCUGCUCCCGGUGCAGACGAUGACGACGAUGAAGAUGUCGAGACACUGCAUCUCACAGCCACGGCUACAGCUGCGCCGACACGCGAAGGAACCUCGACACCGGCCAUCCAGCCUGCCUCGACACCCGCACCGGCCACGCGAUCAUCCGCACGCCUCUCGAACAUGCUCGAUGGCGUGGCGAGUGGAUCGGGAGCAGCGACGCCGUCUGGGCCUGCGGUGGAGCCGGUGCUGAGUGCGUCGCAGCGGCUGCACAAUGCGUCGUACACGGUGCGCGAGAUUCUUUCGCGUGGGCCACGACCGUUGGAAGCCAUCUGGCGCGACUGGCAUGAGUCGCGCGAGUUUGGCCCGCUGCUCGAACGGCUCAACGACGACGACCUCGAGAAGCUCGAGGAGGCCAACAUCCGCGCCUCGCGUCGAAACCGCCGCGAAGCCGCCCGUGCCUUUGGCGGACGUCGUCGUCGUUAA